AUGAAUUGUUUUAACCUCCUGGAGAGAUCUUUACUGUGCGAGCGCGCGCGUCAGGGCUGCGAGGCGCUCAUGAACAAAUUCGGCUUCCAGUGGCCGGAGAGUCUCGCGUGCGAGUCGUUCCCGGUGCACGGCGGAGAGCUGUGCGUGGGGCAGAACACGUCUGAGCGGAGCGCACCGGUCAACCCGACUCCAGAUGUGACCCAAGCUACACCCGAGCAUCACAGGAAGGGGCGCUUUAGAUGCCCGGCUUCGCUGAAAGUCCCGCCGUACCUAAACUACCGCUUUCUGGGCGAGGAAAACUGCGGCGCGCCGUGCGAACCCAAAAAACUCCACGGGAUGAUGUACUUCAGCGAGGACGAGCAGAAGUUUGCGCGGAUCUGGAUCGGGAUCUGGUCGGUUUUGUGUUGCGCGUCUACUUUAUUCACCGUCUUGACUUAUUUAGUGGACAUGAAUCGCUUUAGUUACCCGGAAAGACCCAUUAUAUUCCUUUCCGGGUGUUAUACGAUGCUGUCCGUCGCCUACAUCGCCGGAUUUCUGCUGGAGGACAAAGUGGUUUGCAAUGAGCAGUUCGAUAAUGAGUUCAGGACGGUGGUUCAAGGCACCAAAAAGGAAGGCUGCACCAUCCUGUUCAUGAUGCUGUACUUCUUCAGCAUGGCCAGCUCCAUCUGGUGGGUCAUUCUAGCGCUCACUUGGUUCCUCUCGGCCGGGAUGAAAUGGGGUCACGAGGCCAUUGAAGCAAAUUCGCAAUAUUUCCAUUUAGCAGCGUGGGCGGUGCCAGCCAUCAAGACCAUCACCAUCCUCGCGGUGGGUCAAGUGGAUGGAGAUGUGCUCAGCGGCGUCUGCUUCGUGGGCAUCAACAGCGUGGACGCGUUGCGCGGAUUCGUCCUGGCGCCGCUGUUCGUCUACCUGUUCAUCGGCACCUCGUUCCUCCUGGCGGGCUUCGUGUCUCUGUUCCGCAUCAGGACCAUUAUGAAGCACGACGGCACCAAAACGGAGAAGCUGGAGAAGCUGAUGGUGCGCAUCGGCAUCUUCAGCGUCCUCUACACGGUUCCAGCCACCAUCGUGAUCGCGUGUUACUUCUACGAGCAGGCCUUUCGGGAUCAGUGGGAGCAGACGUGGAGCGCUCAAUCGUGCAAGACGUACGGGAAAGCUUUCAGAUGA